GCGCGGGCGGGACGGGACGGGAGAGCGGCGGGGCCGGGGCCGGUGCCGGUGCGGAGGGAGCGGCGGGUCGGUCGGUGCCCCCUCGGUGCCCCCUCGGUUCCCCCCCGGUUCCCCCCGGUAGCCGCGAUGCCCAACUUCUCCGGGAACUGGAAGAUGAAGAGCUCGGAAAACUUUGAGGAGCUGCUGAAGGCGUUGGGCGUCAACAUGAUGCUGAGGAAGAUCGCGGUGGCGGCGGCCUCGAAGCCGGCGGUGGAGAUCAAGCAGGACGGGGAAACCUUCUACAUCAAGACCUCGACCACCGUCCGCACCACCGAGAUCAGCUUCCGGAUCGGCGAGGAGUUCGAGGAGCAGACGGUGGACGGGCGGCCCUGCAAGAGCUUGGCCAAGUGGGAAAGCGAGAACAAGAUGGUGUGUGAGCAGCGGCUGCUGAAGGGCGAAGGGCCCAAGACGGGCUGGUCCAGGGAGAUGACCAACGAUGGGGAGCUCAUCCUGACGAUGACAGCCGACGACGUCGUCUGCACCAGGGUCUACGUCCGGGAGUGACGCCCUCCCCCCCGCUCCGCUGACCCCCCGCCACCGCGCCGGUGUCCCCGUCCUCCCCCAACCCCCUCCCCAGCCCCAUGACCCCCUCCCCAGCCCCCACCACCCCCCCUCUAUGUCCCCUCCGGGCCCCUCCACUCCUCCCACAGCCACGGGGAGGGGGUCGCAUCUUCCCACUGGGUUAAAUCAGAGAAACCCCUUUUUUUUUUUUGGGGGGGGGGGGGGUGGGUUUUCGCACAUCCCCCCCGCGCGCGGGGGUCUCUCUGGGGGUGGAAAAUCUCGAUUUCUGGCCCCGUUCUGCUGCUGCCCUCGGCGCGGACAAAGCGCCCGGUUUUUGGAGAGGCGCCGGCGACGCGGUGGGGGGUAACGCAGCCGCCUCCCUGGACCUUUGGGUUGGUUUUAACUGUUUUUGGUUCAGUUUGAUUUGUUUUGUUUUUUUUUUUUCUUAUUUUUAUGGUUCUUUUUUUUUAAUUGUUUAAUGCGCCCCUGGCCCUCGCCCUGCCCCGGGGCUGCGCUCGCUCCCCCCCUCCCCAGUAUUUAUUUGUGAAUAUUGUAUCGGAAGGAAACACCAAACCACCCGAAGCCGGUGGCACCGCGGCCGUUGCAGCUCCGGGACCGAACCCCCCCCCCGCCCCCCCCCACCCCGGGAUCGUCCCCGCCACCUCCCUCCUCUUUUCAAUAAAUAGCCUCCAACCCCCCCA